AUGGUUAUGAAGCGGGACAGUGUUUCAAGGCAGAGGCAGGACAUGGGCAAGAGGUCAGAGGUAUGGAGCUUUGAUUGGUCGGGACGCCGCAGGUAUGGAGUUUUGAUUGGUCGAGACUCCGCAGGCGUGUGCGUCGGGGCCGCUGAUUGGCUGGCUCCUCCGGCCUCGGCGCUGCCGCUCGCGCGCGCGCCCGCCCUCCUGCUCUCGCGCGGAGCUGGAGGCACCGAGGGGGCGGGGCCGCCGGGAGCGCGACUCAGGGAGAGAGAGAGAGAUGUCCCCUUCAGCGUCCCCCCCCCUCAGUGCCCCCCGGCCGGCCGGCUGCCCUCUCAGUGCCCCCUCAGCGCCCGCCGGCCGCCCCCUCCCCCUCAGCGCCCCCCGGCCAGCCUGCUGCCCCCUCAACACCCCUCAGUGCCCACCAGCCCGCUGCCCCCUCAGUGUCUGCCCACUGGCCGCCCCCUUCCCCUCAGUGCCCACCGGCCGGCCGGCUGCCCCCUCCCCCUCAGGGACCCCUCAGCGGCCCCCGGCCAGCCUGCUGCCCCCUCAGCGCCCCCUCGACACCCCUCAGUGCCCACCAGCCUGCUGCCCCCUCAGUGUCUGCCCACUGGCUGCCUCCUUCCCCCCAGUGCCCCCUCAGUGCCCACCGGCCGGCUGCCCUCUCAGUGUCCCCUCAGAGUUCCCCGGCCGGCCGCCCCCUCCCCCUCAGUGCCCCCUCAGCGCCCCCCUGUCAGCCUGCUGCCCCCUCAACGCCCCUCAGUGCCCACCAGCCCGCUGCCCCCUCAGUGUCUGCCCGCUGGCCGCCCCCUUCCCCCCCAGUGCCCCCUCAGGGCCCACCGGCCGGCUGCCCCCUCAGUGCCCCCCGCGGCCGGCCGGCUGCCCCCUCCCCCUCAGUGCCCCCUCAGCGCCCCCCGGCCGGCCUGCUGCCCCCUCAGCGCUCCCUCAACACCCCUCAGUGCCCAUCAGCCCGCUGCCCCCUCUGUGUCUGCCCGCCGGCCGCCCCCUUCCCCUCAGCGCCCCCUCAGUGCCCACCGGCCGGCCGGCCGGCUGCCCCCUCCCCCUCAGGGACCCCUCAGCGCCCCCCGGCCAGCCUGCUGCCCCCUCAGCACCCCUCAGGACCCCUCAGCGGCCCCCGGCCAGCCUGCUGCCCCCUCAGCGCCCCCUCAACACCCCUCAGUGCCCACCAGCCCGCUGCCCCCUCAGUGUCUGCCCACUGGCUGCCUCCUUCCCCCCAGUGCCCCCUCAGUGCCCACCGGCCGGCUGCCCUCUCAGUGUCCCCUCAGAGUUCCCCGGCCGGCCGCCCCCUCCCCGUCAGUGCCCCCUCAGCGCCCCCCUGUCAGCCUGCUGCCCCCUCAACGCCCCUCAGUGCCCACCAGCCCGCUGCCCCCUCAGUGUCUGCCCGCUGGCCGCCCCCUUCCCCCCCAGUGCCCCCUCAGUGCCCACCGGCCGGCUGCCCCCUCAGUGCCCCCCGCGGCCGGCCGGCUGCCCCCUCCCCCUCACUGCCCCCUCAGCGCCCCCCGGCCGGCCUGCUGCCCCCUCAGCACUCCCUCAACACCCGUCAGUGCCCACCAGCCUGCUGCCCCCUCUGUGUCUGCCCGCCGGCCGCCCCCUUCCCCUCAGCGCCCCCUCAGUGCCCACCGGCCGGCCGGCUGCCCCCUCCCCCUCAGGGACCCCUCAGCGCCCCCCUGGACCCCUCAGCGCCUCCAGCCAGCCUGCUACCCCCUCAGCACUCCCUCAACACCCCUCAGUGCCCACCAGUCUGCUGCCCCCUCAGUGUCUGCCUCCUGGCUGCCUCCUUCCCCCCAGUGCCCCCUCAGUGCCCACCGGCCGGCUGCCCUCUCAGUGUCCCCUCAGAGUUCCCCGGCCGGCUGGCCGCCCCCUUCUCCUCAGUGCCCCCUCAGCGCCCCCCCGGCCAGCCUGCUGCCCCCUCAGUGCCCACCAGCCUGCUGCCCCCUCAGUGUCUGCCCGCUGGCCGCCCCCUUCCCCUCAGUGCCCCCUCAGUGCCCACCGGCCGGCCGGCUGCCCCCUCCCCCUCAGGGACCCCUCAGCGCCCCCCCGGCCAGCCUGUUGCCCCCUCAGCGCCCCCUCAACACCCCUCAUGCCCCCUCAGUGCCCACCGGCCGGCUGCCCCCUCAGUGUCCCCUCAGAGUCCCCCGUCUGGCCGGCUGGCCGCCCCCUUCUCCUCAGUGCCCCCUCAGCGCCCCCCGGCCAGCCUGCUGCCCCUUCAGUGCCCACCAGCCUGCUGCCCACUCAUCGCCCCCACACCCGCCGUUACCGACCCUUCAGUGCCGCCCGGCUGGCCUGCUACCUCCUCAGUGCCCCCUCAGUGCCUACCCAUCCACCGGCCGGCCGGCUGCCCCCUCAGUGCCCCCUCAGUGCCCCCUCAGUGCCCCCUCCGCGCAGAGAGGAGAGGGCAUGGGAGGCCAGGGCGGGGCGGAAUCCCCUUCCUAA